AUGGCGGACUCUAAGGAGGCCGGGGCCGAGGCUCCGCCGGCCGGGGCCGCUGCUCGGGAAGGGCUCAGCCUCCUGUCCCAAGGGGAGUCUGAGGAACCUUCUGCACAGGGAUCAGCUUUAUUUCUCGGAGGCAAUGAAGUGAAGAGCCGAGCUGUGGUGAAAUACUCUUCUGCCCCUCCUCGGACGGCAUUUGCACGCCUCGAAGAGAAAACAGACUUGAAACUCCCACCUGCCAACUGGUUACGAGAGAGUGCCAAGCUAGGACCGGCAGGAACUACCAUUCUUGGCAACAGUAGGAAAAGCAAGCCAUUUUCCAGUUUUGGGAUGGCAUACGACUUUAUUGAUUCAGUGGGAAACGAUGUGGAUGUUGUCUCUGACUCUGAAAACAUAAAAAAGCUUCUGAAGAUUCCCUACAGCAAAUCACAUGUGAGCAUGGCCGUGCACCGCAUAGGAAGGACUCUCUUGUUAGACGAGUUAGAUAUCCAGGAACUCUUUAUGAGAUCAUCUCAGACUGGUGAUUGGACAUGGUUAAAAGAGUUUUAUCAAAGACUUAUUGAUCAGAAAUGGCAGAGGAAGAAAAAAAGCAAAGAACACUGGUAUCAGAAGGCUAUUCUUUCGAAGUUUUUGUAUUACAGUAUCAAUGGCGAUGGAGCUGCUCAGCCUGUUCCGUCUGCCGCAGAACAGCAGGAGUCGUCCAGCUCUGAUCAGACCAAUGAUUCAGAUGGGGCUUCGUGGCCCGCCCCCUUUGAAAUGCCUUCCUCAGUCUCUGAAGACCCCAGUGCUUCCAGUCAGGGUCUUAAAAAUGAUUUUGUUCGGAAUAUUUUAUGGACGUUUGAAGACAUACACAUGUUAGUUGGCUCCAACAUGCCUAUCUUUGGAGGCGGCCGAUAUCCAGCAGUCAGCUUACGUCUCAGGGAUAACAACAAACCAAUUAAUGUGCUAACUGGAAUUGACUAUUGGUUGGACAACUUGAUAUGCAACGUGCCAGAGCUUGUCAUGUGUUUUCAUGUAAAUGGAAUUGUACAGAAGUAUGAAAUGAUAAAGACAGAAGAAAUUCCCAAUUUAGAAAACUCUAAUUUUUCUACUAAAGUCAUAAAAGACAUUGCACAAAAUAUUUUAUCAUUUUUGAAAUCUAAUUGUACCAAGGAAGGACAUACCUAUUGGCUAUUUAAAGCAAGUGGCAGUGAUAUAGUGAAGCUCUAUGAUCUCACUACUCUUUGUGAAGAAACUGAAGACAAAUACCAAAAUCCAUUCACAAUGCCAGUGGCUAUUCUUUUAUAUAAGGUUGCUUGCAACAUGAUGAUGAAGAAGAAUCAAAAUAAGAAACACUACGGGACAGUUCGAACUCUGCUUCUGAAUUGUGUUAAAUUGCUGGACAAAAGCAGACAUCCUCAAAUUAUUGCUUCAGCCAAUUACAUGCUUUCAGAACUUUUUCAAUUGGAUGAACCUAAAAAAGAAGAAAGUUCAGAAUCUCCAUUAAAUGAGAAUUCUGAUGAAAGUUACAGUGAAGAGGAGGAGGAGAUGCCAGACAGCGAUGAGAACGGGCCCUACGGCACUAGCUCUGACCCAUCAGAUGACAGCAAAGCAGUGGCUAUAAUCAAGUCUGUUGGAGAGCUGUCCGUUCCAGAAAAAUACAAGUCCAUUCAUCAGAUCAGGCCCAGUUGUGCGUUUCCGGUUUGUCAUGACACAGAAGAGCGCUGUAGGCUUGUGCUGAGCUAUGUUCUGGAGGGUUUAAAGUCUGUGGACAGCAGCAUCAAAAAAGAAAGUGACCUCCCUGCCGCUGACCCCAAUACCCCAAUCCCAUUAAAAUAUGAGGAUGAAUCCACAAGAGGGGGUCCUGAGGGUCUAGAGAAGCAGAUGGCCUUGUUUUUGGACAAAAUGGGCUCCCUUCAGAAGGGUAAUUAUUCCAGUCAAUCUGGAAUGAUCCCUGGUUCUUGGCAACAUAAAAUGAAGCUCCAGCUGAUUCUCAAGUCAUCGAAGGCCUAUUACGUCUUGUCUGAUGCUGCCAUGAGUCUUCAGAAGUACGGAAGAGCAUUACGAUACAUUAAAUUAGCUUUGCAGAGCCAUGACACUUACUGCUGCCUCUGCACCAAUAUGCUUUCUGAAGUGCUGCUGUUUCUUUCUCAGUAUUUGACGCUCUGCGGUGAUAUCCAGCUGAUGCUGGCCCAGAACGCAAGCAACAGGGCGGCACACCUCGAGGAGUUCAACUACCAAACGAAAGAGGACCAGGAGAUCCUGCACAGCCUCCACAGGGAGUCCAGCUGCCAGGGAUUUGCAUGGGCCACUGAUUUGUCUACAGACUUAGAAAGUCAGCUUUCAGUUAGUUGUAAAUGUUAUGAGGCUGCUAAUGAAAUCCUGCAGUUUAGUGACUUAAAAAGCCAAAACCCAGAGCACUAUGUACAAGUACUGAAGAGAAUGGGUAACAUUAGAAACGAAAUCGGUGUCUUUUACAUGAAUCAGGCUGCUGCGUUACAGAGCGAGAGGCUAGUGAGCAAAACUGUGUCCACUGCAGAGCAACAGUUGUGGAAAAAAAGCUUUUCUUGUUUUGAAAAGGGAAUUCACAACUUUGAGUCAAUCGACGAUGCCACAAAUGCGGCCCUUUUAUUAUGUAACACGGGACGACUCAUGCGGAUUUGCGCACAGGCACACUGUGGCGCAGGUGAUGAAUUUAAACGUGAAUUUUCACCGGAAGAAGGCUUGUAUUACAAUAAGGCUGUCGAUUACUACCUGAAAGCUCUAAGGUCCUUGGGAACACGGGACAUACACCCAGCCGUCUGGGACUCGGUGAAUUGGGAACUGUCCACUACUUAUUUUACGAUGGCAACUCUACAGCAAGAUUAUGCUCCAUUAUCUAGAAAAGCUCAAGAGCAGAUUGAAAAAGAAGUCAGCGAGGCGAUGAUGAAGUCGCUGAAAUACUGCGACGUGGACUCGGUGUCUGCCCGACAGCCCCUUUGUCAGUACCGGGCUGCAACCAUCCAUCACAGGCUGGCGUCCAUGUACCACAGCUGCCUGCGGAACCAGGUUGGUGAUGAGCAGCUUAGGAAGCAGCACCGGGUGCUGGCAGACCUUCAUUACAGCAAGGCUGGGAAGCUUUUUCAGCUUCUGAAAGACGCUCCGUGUGAACUCCUUAGAGUACAGUUAGAAAGAGUAGCCUUUGCAGAAUUCCAGAUGGCCAGUCAGAAUAGCAAUGUUGGGAAAUUAAAAACGCUAUCUGGGGCCCUUGAUAUAAUGGUGAGAACUAAGCAUGCAUUCCAGCUUAUCAGAAAAGAGCUUGUGGAGGAAUUUGAACAGCCUAAGAGUGAAGAGACCCCUCCAGCUGCUGAUUCUUCUUCUAAUCUUAAUCGAGAAGAAGUGACAAAACUGCUCAGUAUAUUUGAAUCUCGCUUGUCAUUCCUUCUCCUUCAGUCCAUCAAGCUGCUAUCUUCCACUAAGAAGAAAACAAGUAGUAUCCUUGAUGAAGACGUACUUCUCAAAACCAACAAGCAGGUUUACUCCCAGCUCCUGAGAGCCACUGCAAACAAAAACGCCUCUCUCUUGGAAAGAGUCGACCUCCUCAUCCAUUUGCUGGACCAGCUGGCUCGCGGCGGAGGCGGCAGCACCGCCGUCCAGUGACUCCCGCCUGGGGCCGCAUCCACAGAUGCUGUCAGUGCCUUCUGCACUCGGGUACUAGCGUUUCCAUUCGGUGCUCCGUGUCAUUAAAUAUGAGGGAAACACCCACUUAAAACAGGCACAGCAGUGGAAACACAGAGUUCUCAUUGCCCACGACAGACAACCGUGGCAGAGUUCUCUGGCUUCUUCGUCGGAGGCGCCAGCAUCACAGUCAGACUUAGAGCUCCCAUGUUCAUUUCUUUGAGAAGGACGUGGUACCUCAGUAUUCAUAGACUUGCUGUAGGGCAGUUAACACUUUUAAGUAUUUUUGAAGCAUGUUAAGCUAUGUGGGUUUAAGAGAUACUUAUCUUGGAGAAAUGUUGCUUUGGUCAAGGGCGCUUCUAUCCAGAUGAUUGCAGUGGUUCAGGUGGGUUAGAGAAACUUCUGGUGCAUCCACAGUGUUUCCUUCUCAGUCGCACAGAAAAAGCCUACCCUUUUCAAGCUUCAGUACGGGAUUUUUCCAGACCAGCCAUUGUGCAGGUCUGUCUGUAGUGCAUGUUCUGAGCAGAUGUGCUUUUCUUUGACUUUGUAUGACAGUUGAUCAAGGAUAGGUACCUCCCUCCUUCCC